AUGUUGACGCGCUGGUCCUGUUGGACUUCCACGAGUCCCGUGCCGGCGUCCGCGGCCUCGUCGAGUCCGGCGGUGCCGCCGCCGUUCCUGGCGCCCUUGGUCGCCCCAACCGUCGACCUCUCCCUCCCGCGUUGUUCCAGGUCACCAACCACGGCGUCCCGGCCGGCACCGUCGAGUCGGCCGGCGCUCUCCGCUGUCAGGGCCUUCAACGAGCAGCCACUGGCGUCGCGCUCCGCGUACUACGUACUCCGUCUCGACCGCCGGGCCUGCCAUAUCUACACCAUCCCGGCGCGGAACGCGGGGCAGCCUGCCAUGGCGCGACGACGCGAGAUCGUUCUCCGCUUGGGCCACGGCGAAUCCUACCUCGACCACCUCCCUGCGGCGUGCCUUGACGCGCUACUGGAGUACCACCGGUCGCUGACGGUGCUCGGGAAGAAGAUGAUCGCCGGCCUGCUGUCGGAAGCGCUCGGCGUGGCAGCUGGACAGGGCAGUGCAGUGCACGUUGAAGCCACCCUGAUGCAGUGCCACUACUACCCGCCGUGUCCACACCGACGGUGA